UAUGUUCCUACUAUUUGUGACGUCACAGCAUCGACAGGUGUGCAACAGUGCAACAAGUAUUUGUAUGCUUGUGUCAAUGCUUGUUGUGUUGUCAAGCAACAUAGUGUAAAACGUGUAAAAUAAUAAACAUAAAUUAUAUUACAACAUAUAUUUAUGUCAUUUUUAAAAAAUAUAUAGAAUUGAUGUGAUUUCUAAUAAUAAGUGUUUUCACUGCAAUAAUUACAUUUCUAAUGAGACUAACUUGUAACUAACAAGUUUAAAUACUAUUUUUAAAGAGAAUAAAUUGAAAAAAAAUUAAUUUUCUUUUUCCGGAUAUAGAUAGCAGUAUUUAUAAUUAAUAAAUGCAACGAAAAAGUAAAAAUACAUAAUUUUUAAAUCGUUUUUUAAAGUGACAAAUAUUACUGAGAGAGUAAUAUAAUAGUAAAAGAAAAUUUUAUUCUAGAUUACACGGGCAAAUUGUAAUUUAAUAAAAAAUAGUUUAUAGCGUGAAUAGAUAUUAAACACGUGGUUGCAUUGUAAUUAGGGUUAUUUUUUGCUAAACUUUAUUACGAGUGAAUUAGUAGGAAAUAUCUUGCAAAAUGCUUACGAACGGUUGUCAGACAGUAAACUUGGACACUGAGAUUCGGAAACUGCAGCCGCUUCAUUUUGAUAAACUAGCGUGGCUCCUAAAUAUCUCUGAUGGCGAUUGGAAAAAAUUCAUGUUUAUCAUACCUUCGGACAAUUCUGGUCAAAAUAAAUUUGGCAUUGAUCAUCUAAACCUCAUUGAACAAGCAUCUCGACAACAGAAGAGAGGAUGUGCGGCGAUAUUUCUCGAGGAAUGGAGCACGAUGGGCAGAAAGAGGCCGACUUUGAAAAUGCUAUUAGAACUUCUUAAGAAAGCACAAUUAUUUAGAGCAGCGGAUUAUGUAUCAAUGAAUAUUUUAAAUAUGGGGCGAACAGAAAGGCCUAAUGAAGGACCAGCUGCACCAAUUGACUUUUCAUUUUCGGAUCUAGAAAGUGAAAGUGACAUAACGGAAAAGUCGUCAAUCUUAGGGGAUGUGCAUGAAGAGAGGAGUGUUUCAAAUGAAGGCCAAAAUGUCCCAGUGCCAGAAGAAGAAAGGAAAAUUGAUGCUCCAAUUCCUGCCUUCCUGUCGAAUAUGACUUUUAGUAAUGUUGAAGAAGACUCAGCAAAAAUUGUCGAAAUUCCAAACAGAGUAGCAACUCUCUCUGACGCACCUCCGGCUGUUGACAAAUCACAAAAGGUUCAUCAAGUGGGAAAUGGAGAAGCCUAUAAAAUCCCUGCCUUUCUGGCGAAUGCAAGCUUUAGUAAUUUGAGUGAAGCUGCUGAGAGUACACAGUCCGGAAUAGUCAACGAAGCAAGUAAUAAAGAUUCCAGUGAUUGUGAAAUUAAAGGGACAAUACCUCGCUUUCUCUGCGAGUCGUCUUCAUUAAUAUCGCCACCAUCCGCAUCGCAAGACGAAAUUGCUUUCAUCAGUUCUGGAAAUUUUUCACAAAACACAUUGAAAGAUGCACCUGCUCAAGGCAACUACAGAGAUGUGGGAAAUGAAUUACCAUCUUCGAAGGAAAAUCAAGAAGCUUCUCAACUUCCAAUCCUUCUUAAUAAAGUGAGCCUUAGUGAUUUCAGUGGAGUUGUAGAAUAUGGAAAAUUGAAUACUGAAAAGAGCUCAACAAGAAUUAGAUUUAGUUCACAAUUUGUCAAAGAAACGAUUCCUAAAAUUCCUCAUCAAGAAAUUGUUCAAUCGAAGACAUCACACGUUUCACAUCAAGAGCCACAAGAAAGUAAUAAGAUAAAGGAAAACAUUCAUUCGUUGCCAUUUCACAAUGAACGAGUUUCUAAACUUCCUGCUUGUCUGAACAACAUGAACUUCAGUAAUUUCAGUAUUAUCUCCGAGGGCGAUCAAUUAUCCUUCACGAAUGGAUUAAAUUCCGAUUCAGUUGACGUGUGAGCAGUCAAAUCUGUACGAUAUUUAUGAAAAACUACCUCUUAUUCUCUUUGAAUUCUGAAUUGAUUUCAAAAGUCGUGAUUUUGAAUCUCGAAUUAACUUGAUUAAGAAAAAAAUAUCAAUUUUUGAUCUUGACGAUUACUUCCUAAAAUGUGAUAUUAAAUAAUGUACGAGUACCGGACGGAAUUCUUGUCAAAUUAUAAAGCUAAGAAGUUUUCUUAAAAGAAAAUUCCACGCUCCUUAAGAAUUUCGGGUUUCUUGAAACGUGUUCAAUGGAGGUUUAUAUUUGAUUACUCUUUAAAUUUUAAACUUAAAAAAUUUCUGUACUUCAUACAUUGUCGACGUGCAGAAAAUAUUUCGUUUUAUGAAAAAUGUAAGUAUUAUUUAAAUGUACAGAUGGCAUUAUAAAGUUUAAGUUCAAUUGCAAAUUUAAUCGUAUUUGUAAAAUUAAGUUUUUCAAGUAAAAAAACAAGUACAAACAA